AUGGACCCCACCACCCACGCCCCCGUCACCGCCCCCGUGCCCACCCCGGCCGACCUCCAGCACGCGCCCCCGCAGCCCACCGGCCUCCGCCAGCGCGCCAGCAAACUCGAUGCCGCUGCAGCCCACCCCGCCCUCCAGAACGCCCGCCGCACCGCCUUCUCCUACACCCAGUCAAUCCGCGACCGUCUCGCCAGAAGCCCCACCGUCCUCAGGCUCGAGAAACGAACAGGCGUCGACCGAGUCGCCCUCUUGGGUGGCGGCGCACUCUUAUACUUCCUCUUGAUACCCCUCAACAUCUUCCGCCUCGGUCUCCCAACAACCCAGCUUCUCACGUUCCUUCCCGCAUCCUAUGUUGCGGCACAAAUUCUCGAUGCUCGUGACUCGCAGGCCAACAAUGAAAAGGUCAAGGACCUCUUGUCCUUUUUCGUCGUUCUCGGAUUCAUACAAACGGCCGAGAGUCUCAUGAUCGGUGUCUUGGAGAAGCGUAUCCCGCAAUACUAUACUGUGAAACUCUUGUUCUUGGCCUAUCUCCUUCACCCCAAGACUUUGGGUGCUCGAAAGAUUCACGAAUCCGUUUUCCGCCCCGUUAUCAGUAAUCGUGACAGCCCCCUCGCCCCUGCCAACGUCGACCCUUCUAUCGCGGCCAAAUACAGUGUCGUUCCUGUUUCAGACUCCACGACAUCUUCAUCCGGUAGCAUUGCGCCCACCGCUGGUCAAGACAAUGUAUCUGGUUUGGGGGCUUCUACCGGCCGAGACACUACUCUCCCUGACUUGAGCGCUGCUUCCACCUCCGUCGGUGCCCACUCCAAUAAUCCUUUUGCGCCCUCUCACUCCACUGCCGGCAACGGCACUGCCGACAGUUUCGGCACCUCGUCUAGUCCUGCCACCACCGGUUUGGCCACUUCCUCGCAGACUUCCGCUGUACCCACUGCGUCCGGCUUGAACUUUAGCUCUCCGGAGUCUGCCUUUUCCAACCCCAGCCGCACCAACGCUGCCGCCGAGGGCGAGGAUUUGCAUGAUUCCAUUAGCUCCCAGAUCAAGGCUGCUGCCGAGGGCCGCACUUCCUUCCCACCUCCCUCUUCUUUUUCCCAGGACUCAGCCUCCUUCCCGCCCCCUCAGGUGCAGGCGCAGCAGGCAUUGGCCCAGGCAGUGCAGCAGACUGGUGUUGAUGAGGUGGGCGUUCCAGGUGGGGUAAUCAGGCAAUAG